CACCAUAAAUGUGAAGAAUCCAUCUCUCCCAUAAUACCAAGAGCUCUUGAAUUCUUCUUUUUCCAAAACAACCAAAAGAAAAAUGAAAUUCUCAAAACUUUCAUCCUUGUUGUUCACUCUUUCCUUGAUCUUUAUUGCUCAAGCAUCCGGCCACGCGUUAUACGAACAGGUAUGUGCAGACAUGAAAGAAGACCAAAACUGUUGCCUUAACCUUUUGAAAUCCGAACCACGGAUCACCACCGCGACAAAAGAUUUUGAGCUAUGUCAACUCGUCCUAGAGCUUGGGAUUAAGAAGUCUACAGAAGCUCAGGCUCACAUAAAGGAUAUAUUGAAGACAAACCCUUCACCAGCAAUUAAGGAAUGUGCUACAUUUGAUUAUGAUGGGGUGGUUGCAUCAUUCAAAAGUUCAUUAGGUGAGUUGAGGUUAGAUACUAUGACAUCAAACUAUGAUGCUAAAACUGCUGGUGAUGGACCUACAACAUGUGACACUGCCUUGGCUAAUGCAAAAAUUCACAAUCCUGUCCUUUCUACUCUAAAUAGAGAGAUCAUGUUGCUAAGUAAAAUUGCAUUUUUGGCAACAAACAGGCUUCCAAUAAAACUAUCAGGGUAAUAUUUUGUUUAUAUAUAUAUAUAUAUAUAUAUAUAUAUAUAUAUAUAUAUCAAGGGUUACAUACGCAUAAAUAGAAGAUAAACAGGCAACAAGUUGCGCUGCUAGGCUUUUUUGUCAAAAGGAAGACAAAAUAUGUGCAGUAAGAAAGUUUUUAUUUUAUUUUUAUUUUUUAUGUUUUUUUUUUUUUUUGCGGUCUUUGAAAUUGUUGUG